GUUCAUUGAUUUACAAACUGCAGCUCUAACCAUUAGCGGCCCCUUGCUCCCACACUGCAGUCAGUAAUGAAGCUAUUUCUGAGUUCAUUAGUACUCAGUCUCCUCAUUCUCUCAACCAGAUCUGCUCCCCUAACCUGCUAUUCAAGGGUUUUAGCUCUGAGCAAAGAAAUCACGGAAUCUUUUGAAAAAUUGGAGAAAACUAUUCCAUCAGUAAGUAAUUUGGAAAUCUCAAUGAAAUGGAAAAAUCUCAGAAAAUGUCCCCAAAGUAAUAAUCCUGGUCUGUUCCUUUUUGACAGGGACCAUGCAUGGAUUUACUCCCAGCUCUAUACUUGGAUGUACACGUAAGUGAUCUUACAUUACUCAUUAAUUAUUAUAACCUAUGUCAUUUACUCAUUUGGGGCUCCAUGUCUUUCAGUUUCAUUUUUAAUCAGUAUGCUGUUCUCCCGAUACCAAAUUUAUGAAAGUCUCUUAAUAUUCUCUCCCGAGCAGAUUCAUUUCCAUUUUACCAGCUAAAACCCAAUCCUGUCUUUUGUCACACCCCCCUCCUCCCAUUCUAAUUUACUAGUUUGUUUUGUCAUUGUUACUUGUGCGUUUCGUUUUUGUUUUGUGUUUGUCUUGUUUCCCAAAUGUACAGUCCCUCUUUAUGUUGACUCUUUAUAAAAUAAUAAUAAUGGUGAUCAUAAAGGUGACAAUGACUUUAAAUUCUUUGGUUAUCAUGUUGGGAACUUAAUAUGUUGGGAAUCUAUAAAGCAAUAUCCAGGCGAGCAUUAUUAAAGUAUUGGCAAGUUUAACAAGAGAUAAAAACUACCCACUCCAUUAGGUAACUCCCAGAGUUUACUGCUACAUAUCUCCUAUGUCAUUCCAAGAAUAUUGUUAGAAAAAGUUUGCCUCAAACAAAGCAGCUUUGCAAUAGCAUGUUUCUAUUUUCACAGUAUCACAUUUGAAUUCAUCCCAUGAUUCUGCAGGUCUCUUGACAAUGAUGUACAGUUUUCAAAUAUAGUUCCUUUAUGUCAAAAUGUGGAUGAGAAAGGUCUGACUGCAAGACAGAAACAUUGUGAUAUUCCCUGACCUGAUAAAGCUGAAUCUUACCAGCGAUUGAGUGCUCGGACAUCUGUGUGUUACUGUAAAACAUGGAUUUAUAUCCUAAUGGAUCAAGGACCAACCUGGAGCUCAUUUCCAUUGUUGUCAUUAUCUGUCACCAAAAAGCUAAUUGUAUUUAAAAUGACUGCUGGCACAGCUAGGGACUCAACCUACUUCCAUACUAUCCAUACUACAUAUGUCCACUGCUAGUUGCUGGUAAUUAGUGGAUGCUGUUACUUUUUAACAUCUGUUUAAUUUGCCAAUACAUUUAAUUUCAUGCUGCUUUUGCUAGAUGUAAAGUUCAAAAGAAAAUUAAGGGAAUGCAAUGUCUCAAGACAUCCUAAAGGAACCAAAAAUACAUUUAUGUCCUCCUCUUUAAGGUCAUUAAGUAAGUAGUAAAACCUUCUAUUAACAUAAUGUACAGAAUAUGCUUUCAUUAAUUAAAACCAGGUAUUUUUGCUUACGUUGUACAAUUAGGUUUUCAAAUCAAUACAAUUUGCUGUUUAGUGAAUAAACCGAUAGGGGUAACUACUUGCUCAGUUUCUGUGGUGUCCUGGUGGAGUUGCUACGAUAUUUCUACUUUUCUUACCUUUCUGUCCAGUUUCCACAAUCGUAAAGGCUACCCGGUGGUCCGUAUCAAUGGAGACAUUAAUGCAAUUGUGAACCAUAGAAAUCUGUCUAUUUUUUUUUUUUAGUUGCAAUUACCUAUUGGCUGUUUGUAUCGAUGAUGAUUAUCAGCUUCGAUGCAUGGAAACAAGCAAUUGGCUCUGUUCCAUCUUCUAGGGACUCAUCAGCAUGGUUAAGUUCUGGUCCAGUGGUGGCAAUCUAUCUGGUAGCAUAUAGCAAAGUAUUAUUAAACUUGUAGUGAAAUCAAAAAGUGUGUACACCGAAUGGAAAAAAAAGGAUUAUAAAUUCGGGCCAAAAAAAUAUUUAAUAUCAAGAGUAAUGUAAAGGUUUAACAUCAUGAAAAACAUUUUCUUUUCAUUUAAAAAAAAAAAUCAGAAUAACAUCAAUUUGAAACAUGAACUAAACUGAGGAUAAUACAAACCUUUUUGCAUAGAUUAAGGUUUAGCGAUACCUCAAGGAUACCAUAUUGUAAUUUAAAUAAUACUAAACACUCAUGCAUUCAAUCAUCCCUUAUUUAGAGAUAUAUUAUGGCUAGAGUCUAGAGUUUUAUAAUAUCUCUUGCAACAUUUUGGACUUUACUUGCAGUGUUCUUCACUAAAUCAUUAAUUGCUGGGAAAUCACCAGAUAAUUACAAAUUGCAUCUAUUUAUUAUUAUUAUUAUUAUUAUUAUUCGCAGCAUUGGAGUUGAAUCUAUUUACUUCCUCUAUGGUGUAAUAGCAAUGUUCUCCAUAUAAAGUUUAAAUGGACACUAGGCCCCCAGACCACUUCAGCUCAUUGAAGGGGUCUGGGUGCAAUGGCCCAUGUCCCUUAAUUCUACAGUGGUUAUUAUUGCAGUUUCCGAGUGCAAAUAACCAAAAUAAGCAAAUAAGCAAGUUAGUAGAGCUAAGACCGGCACUAUUCAAACCUAAGCAGAGGUAAGUAUAGUUCUGAGUCUUCAAGACAUGGCAUGUUACUUCUGGGGGGCAGGGCAAUGAUGUCCUACGAGAUUACAUGUUUCACUGGUGAUUCGGCUUCUUCAGAUCACAAAUUGUGUGUGUGUGUUUUUUGGGUCUUUGCACUGCACAUGGUUGCUGCUAUUUUAAUUAAUUUAUACUGUUUAAUAUUUUUGUAUUCAGAAGCGCCAUUUAUUCACUUUGUAUUACACCAGAUACCUCUUGACAUGUUUAGAGGUCUUGUGGAGUCCAUACCUCAACGCAUCAGAGCUGUUUUGGUAGAACAAGGGGGUGGUUUGAAUGUUUUGGCUAAUCAGUGUAUAUUAUGAAUAUAUUUUGCAGUACACUGAUUGGACAAAUUUUGGUUUGUCUGAAUUAUUCAUCCUGAAUCGUUUCUAUGGACAAAAUUUGUCUCUACCGAAAGGCUGUAUAAAUGGAUUUCAGAUUAUUAUUAUUAUUUUAUUAUUGAUAUAGCGCCAGCAAAUUUCAUAGCGCUGUACAAUGGGGACUGGCCACUUUUGAGCCCCCACAAGGUGGGCGGCGGGCAGCGAGGGAGAAUGCUCACCUAAGCACUUUCUGCUCAGCUCCCUCUGCGCCGCUUAAUGAAGCCGGGAGCUGGAAUAUGGCGUCAGGCUGCCUCCCUGCAUCACUAAGCGCCGCCUACUCAGCCUGUCCGCCCCCUGCCUGCCCGACCAGCAGCCACACUGGACUGCAGGUAAGGAAUCCAUCCAGCUCUCCCAGGGAGGCUGGGUGGAUUUAAAAUAAAUUUUAAAAAAAAUAUUAGUUUGUGAGUGUUGGUGGAAAUGUCUGUGUGUGUGUGUAUCUGUGAGUGUGUAUGUCUAAGUGAAUGUGUGUGUGUGUAUCUGUAAGUGUAUGUAUGUGUCUGUAAGUGUGUGAGUGUGUCUGUAAGUGUCUAUGUGUAUGUGUGUGCAGGGCCGCCACCAGAAAUUUUGGGGCCCCUAACUCAGCUCAGGGUCUGGGCCCCCUGGGGCCCGCCUCCAAGUACCGCCCACUGGGUCCGCCUCCAAAUACCGCCCACAGGAAUACCCACACAGACACAAACACACACACUGAUACAAAAGGACACAGAUACAUACUAACAGACACACAUACUGAAACAGACAUACACACAUACAGGCAUACAUACUGACACACACAUACUGAGACAUACACACAGGCAUACAUAGUGACAGACAGACACAUACCAACAUACAUACAGACACACAUGCAUGAGGACAUAAAGACACAUACAUACAGACACCAACAUACAUACACACACACACAUGCAUACAUACACACAUAUAUUCAUACAUACAGACAUACAGACACUGACAUCCAUACACACAUACAUUCAUAAUGGCAUACAGACAUUCACAGACAUACAUUCAUAAGGGCAUACAGACAUACAUGCAUACAUACAUUCAGAUUGACAUACAUGCAUAUAUACAGACAUACUGACAGAUAUACAUGCAUACAGACAUCCAUACACACAUACACACAGACAUAAUGAUAUACAGGCAUACAUUCAUACUGACAUACAUAUAUACAUAUAUAAUGACAUACAGACAUACAUAUAUACAUACAUAGACAGACAUACAUACAUACAUAGACAUACAUGCAUGCAUUCAGACAUACAGACAUACAUACAGACAGACAUACAUACAUAGACAUACAUGCAUGCAUACAUACAUACAUACAUACAGACAUACACACAGACAUGCAUGCAUACAGACAUACAUACAUAAACAUACAUGCAUACAGACAUACAUACAUACACAUACAGACAGACAGACAUACAGGCAUACAUGCACAGACAGACAUACAUAGACAUUCAUACAGACAUACAUACAUACAUGGAUAUGCAUGCAUGCAUACAGACAGACAUACAGAGAGACAGACAGACAUGCAUAGACAUACAUGCAAACAGACAUACAGACAUACAUACAGACAUACAAGCAUGCUGACAUACAUACAUACAUACACAUACAUACAGACAGACAUACAUACACAGACAUACAGACAUGCAUACAUACAGACAGACAUACACAUACAUACAGAGAUACACAUACAGACAGACAGACAUACAUAUACAUACAUACAGACAUACACACAGACAUGCAUGCAUACAGGUAUACAUACAUAAACAUACAUGCAUACAUACACAUACAUACAGACAGGCAUACAUAGACAGACAGGCAUACAUAGACAGACAGGCAUAUAUAGACAGACAGGCAUACAUACAUAGACAUACAGACAGGCAUACAUACAUAGACAUACAUACAGACAGACAGACAUACAUAGACAUACAUGCAUGCAUACAGACAGACAUACAUGCAUAGACAUACAUACAGACAUACAGACAUACAUGCAUGCAUACAGACAUUCACAUAAAUACAUACAGACAUACAUGCAUACAGACAAACAUACAGACAUACACAUACAUACAGACAUACAUGCAUGCAUACAGAAAAACACAAUCAUACAGACAGACAUACAGACAGACAUGCAGACAGACAUGCAGACAGACAUACAUGCAUACAGACAUACAUGCAGACAGACACACACACAGCUCAUUUUCCAGCCACCCUCCUGUCUCUUACCUUUUCUUUGCAGGAGGGGGGCUGGGGAUGAUGGGAGUCGGCGCGGCUCCCUCUUCAAUGCCUGGCUCUCCCUCUUCACUGGCGCGCGUGCUCCUCCCGCGCGGAGUGAGCUGGGAGGAAGUGACCACUUCCUCCCAGCAGCACUUGCGGCUGCUUUUUUUUUUUUUUUUAAAGGGGCCCAGUCACGCUAUACCAUGGCAACAGCGCUGACCGGGCCCCUGAAGAUAUAGGGCCCAUCGGGUGGCCCUAAGUGUGUGGGCCAUCUGAUGGGCCCCACACGGCCGCCAGGCCCGUGACAACCGUUAUGGUUGUCACCCCCUGAUGGCGGCCAUGUGUGUGUGUGUCUGUAAGUGUAUGUGUGUGUGUCUGUAAGUGUGUAUGUGUGUCUCUGUGAGUGUGUAUGUGUGUGUCUGUAAGUGUUUAUGUGUGUGUGUGUGUCUGUAAGUGUGUCUGUAAGUGUGUAAGUGUGUCUGUAAGUCUGUAUGUGUGUGUCUGUAAGUGUGUUUGUGUGUGUGUCUGUAAGUGUGUGUGUCUGUAAGUGUGUGUGUCUGUAAGUGUGUGUCUGUAAGUGUGUGUGUGUGUGUGUCUGUAAGUGUGUGUGUGUGUGUCUGUAAGUGAGUGUGUGUGACUGUAAGUGAAUGUGUGUGUCAGUGAGUAAAUGUAUGUGUGUGUGUCGGUCAGUGAGUGUGUAUGUGUCAGUCAGUGAGUGUUUAUGUGUCGGUCAGUGAGUGUUUAUGUGUUGGUUAGGGAGUGCAUGCGUCUGUCAGUGAGUGGGUGCGUCUGUCAGUGCGUGCGUCUGUCAGUGCGUGCGCGCGUCUGUCUGUCAGUGAGUGCGUGCGUGCGUCUGUCAGUGAGUGCGUGCAUCUGUCAGUGCGUGCGUCUGUCAGUGCGUGCGUGCAUCUGUCUGUCAGUGCGUGCGUGCGUCUGUCUGUCAGUGCGUGCGUGCGUCUGUCUGUCUGUCAGUGCGUGCAUGCAUCUGUCUGUCAGUGCAUGCGUUCGUCUGUCAGUGAGUGCGAGUGUUCGUCUGUCAGUGUGUGCGUCCAAGUAAUAGUGUGUGUGUAUAUGAGUGAGUGUGCGUCUGUCAGUGAGUGUGCGUCUGUCAGUCAAAGUGCGACCUUGACAGGAGGGGGUGGGGGAAAUUUAAAUUAGGGGGGCUGCCCGGGCACCGUCCUGCCUAGGGCAGCACAAAUCCUAAAUACACCACUGAGAGGAGGUUUUCCUAAUAUUUUGUUUCUCAACUGAUGACAUGGGUGGGAACAAUCUGACAUGGCAAUGGCAUAAAUUCCCUCUGUAAAGCACUUUGUAAAGAUCUCAAGGACUCAUUUGAGCCUUCUAAAUAAGGAUUACUGCAUUAACAUUCUGUCUGUUCUAUGUGAGGUUCUUCACUAAGAAAUACUUUGAUGACUGAUGGGAAAUGAAUUGUAGACAUCCAGAGCUAUAGAAAAAUAUAUAUGUUAACCUAUGGAUGUAUUGCAUUGUGGUAGAAGCUACAUGAUGUUUAAGAAAAGUUCAGUACUCACAUGGUUUAAACUACUGUGCAACUAUCUUGGACCAGGGCGCAUGUGUGGAAUGCCAGGAAUGGCCACUAUUAGAUAACAUGUGUAAGAGAUAAGUUUUAGUUAAAUAAUUGGAUGUAACCAUAGUACAUGUAGGUGUCAUUUCUGUAUUCUCUGUAUACGCAUGGAAUACGUCAUUUGUGGUGUAUAUUCUUUGUUCUCUUGUAAACGUGUGCUCAGUCGGGUAUUCCAAGACUAUGGUCUGACUGAGACUGUGCAUCUGCAAAAUAAUAAAUAGCCUUUGUUCUGUAAUGACCUGUGUCUGUGGUAUUUUGGAGUGUCCUUGUUUCAUCUCUGGCUCGAGUAGGUUACCAUAGCAUAAUGAGACAUCAAUCUAAUAACAUAUAUUGUCCUGUAUCUACAAAUAUCUGUACAGUUCUUUCUUGAUGGUUCUGUGGUUGGGAGACGGAAAGGGAAUAGAGGCAAAGCGCUAAUUAAAGUCCUACAGGUGUAAUUAGUACAUCUGGAUAUACCUUGCCUCACUCUCUCUCCUGCAGUGCCAGAAAAGGGGACUUGUCAUAGAUACAGGUAAAUAAAGGGUUAAAAGCCUUUGCACUAGAAACUCAGACUGCAUAUUUAUGAUAAGACGUGCUAUACAUGCGCAGUUGACUUAAAGCAAUACGUAAUGUUAUAUGAAUAAUUCACUGACAGUUCUUUGAUUGGUUGAUUUUGCCUUCUGUUGAAUGCACCCCUAAGAAAAGUGUGUUUCAUAUAUAUGAUGUACAUGCAUUAAAUCUACUACUUUCUUGAACUGCAUAAUGACCUGCAUAAUGACUGGUGUGCCUUAAUUGUUGCAGUGAACAUACAUAAAGAGAUUAAGGAAAGCAGGAUUUGUUAACUGCAUAAGUCCAUGGCAUCGUAAGGGUUUGAGACCCUGUAAAAUUUUGCAGCCUAACAAUGACUAUAAAAAGUAAUUUCUCUGUAUUAGAUAAUCAUUGCAAUGUUUUCUAACAGAAUUCUUGUGUGAUGACAAAGCUGCGUGAAUUUAUUUCAACCCCAAACUGUGGUAGAUUCCCCAGGGUCACUGCAUUAAAGAAGAAAGUAAGAAACUUGUACACCAUCAUGAACUCAGUUUGCAAACGGGUAAGUCAUGUUAACAUUUAUAAUGAGAAUAUUUUCUUUGGAUUGGUUCCGUUUGGUAUGUACAGGGACAUCUUUGAACCAGAUAAGCCGGAGAUCAGUCAACGGCCAAAAACUAGCCUUUUGCACUGCUGAAAUUUUCAUCGGACAAAAAAAAAAACAAUUAUUUCAGCUGAACCGAAUUUUGUCAAUUUCUUCAUUAUUUUCAUUUUGGAAUUUCAUUAGGAUAAAUAAAAUUCUGAUCUGUGCCGCAGGCCACAUGCCACAUCUGCAUCUUGCAGCCGUUUACUAGAUAACUCCCAAAAUUGGUACCCUUAUGGUAUUACCAUAUUUCAGGGUACCAAAUAGGGAGCUCUUUAGUAGAUAGCUCUUUUUUGGAAUCCUUAUGACAAUCAAACAUAAGGAUUAGGGAGCUAUCACCUAAGAAGCCAAAAGACCAAAAUUACGAAAAGCCCUUCCUUUUUGCAAUUUUUGUCUUACAGAAAACUUUACUAAUGCUAAGUAAAAUAUACUUCUUCCCUCCUGCCACUAUACAGCAAGCAGACAGUAGCUGCUCAUUGUUUUAAAAAGAGACUAGCAAUUGGCCAGCUAUUGCUGCCCUGUCACUAAUCUAAUAAAAGGGGACCUGGCACAGGUCCCUCACGCCUCCUAUGUUGGGGCACAUACUAAACAAAUUAACUGAAGGAAACAUAGUGCUUUGCAUGAGUGUCACCCACAAUCCCAUAGGAAAGCAUUAUACAAUGCUUUCCUAUGGAGGAAGUCCUAAUGCAAGGGCAGCCCUCGCCGUGCAUGCUCAUUAGGUCCCCCCUCCGGCUGACGUUGCUCGAGGAGAAGCAGAGGUGGAGCCUUAUCCAGCUCCAAGGGACAUUGUUGCUGGGAUUAGUUAAGUGACCCCUUCAGCACCACUGGUGGCAGGGAGGUGCGAGGAAGCGGGGCACUAUAACGAGCAAUAGUGCUAGGAAAAUAACUUUUUUUUUCCUUGCACUAUAGUUUCCCUUUAAGAAUACAAGUUUGAGAUAAUCACAUCUGCCACUUUAUUUUUACAGCUAAAAAUAAGCAAAGCUAAAGAAAAUAAUAGCAUAGAAGGUGCACAGUUUCUUUGCUCUGUUGUUUAAUAUCAUAUUGUUUGAGGCAAAACUUCCAUUUUAGUUUUCAGCCAAUCAGAAAUGAUAUUUUGUUACCUAGUUUUUUAGUUGGCUACCUGCAGUAUUCCAACAUACAGCUCGCCUUCUGUUGUCUCUGCAGAUAUGUAUGAAAUCAUUAUGCUAAUUGCUCAGAAGUAAUCUUUAUUUCCUCAACAUUCUUUAUAUAUAUAUUCCUCAGGAUUUGGUCUUCUUCACCGAUGACUGUGCUGCCCUUGAAAGACACAAGCCAACACCAACUCCCACGCCUGUUUCAGAAUGAAUGGCCAUCAUCCAAGGAUGAAUAUAUAAUGGAGAAAGCUGGAACCAUUCCAAUUGAUCUAAAUAAGACUGUGCCUAUUUACUAGAACAGCACAUAAUAUCUAAUAAAUAGUAUCUAGACUUGAUCUAUAUAGUGAGCAGUCAGGUACGUUAAUCACUAGUCACUGUAGUCAUUUGUCUUCAAUAAUGGUAAAUAAAUGACUAAUUGUCUUUAUAGACAGUGUAUUAUACUUUUCUUUGGGAAUUGUUAUCUAUCAGGUAGUUACGUGACUUAUUUUUGCAAUAACGUAGCAUGUUUUCUGUCUAAAUGCAUACAUUCCUGCACAUUUCUGAACACAUACUUGCCUGGAUUUAGUUUUCUUUUUAAACAUUUCAAAUAAAUGUAAUAUUUUUGGAUAAACUUUAAAAAAAAAUCCAAAAAUAUAUUAUAUAUAACAAUAUCAAUAUAUCAAAAAUAUACCUCAAAAAUCUAAAUAUUAAACAAAAUCUAAAUAAUAAAUCAUAUUAAGUGCAUCCAAAAAACAUGCAAUUAUUUGAUAAGUUUAUCCAAGACUAUAAAAUUGAGGCUAUUGUUAGGUAGAAACCAUGUACACCUCUGUGCAAGAUAUCAUUGGCAUUAUGAUUCUCAUGUAUGUUAAUGAGGUUAUUCACCAAAGGGAGAAUUUAAAAUUAAUUCCCAAUUUAAAGCCAAAAUAGCCGGAUCAAUAACAUGACUGACUUAUAGAAUGUUUUCAGCUUGGCUAUUUUGAGCCUAAAUUUGAAAUUCAAGUAAAAUGACAUAAAAGGGUAGUACAUGUGACAGUACUGAAAAUGAAAACCAACAAAUUAUUAAAUGCAUUUAGAUAAUUAAGAUAACAGAUUAGGACAACUGGUUCUAAUGUUUCAUUGUAGUCCAUGCUUGUUUUUAAUUAGUGGGUUAAGUGUGUGCUGCAAUAUUAGCAUUUAUAGGACAAAUUCGUAGGUCCAAAAAUGUAUCUAAUAUUUGGUCAAUGUAUAUAAAUAUAUAAAGUACUUUUAUAUGUAUUUCUUCGAUUUUGUGAUAUUAUUAUUAUUUUUUAUAGUCAAUAAAUGUUGUUGGAAAUAAUAAUUACUAACUAUAAGAUGUUGUGUGAUAUUUUAUAUUUCAUGCUACUGGCAUCAUAAAUGAUAUGGCUACUGACGCUGGUAAAUGACCAAAAAAAUGGAGCGCAGAUACAUUACUAAGAAGAAAAACAAAAGACUCUUGUUCUUUUGAGCCUAUUCAUUGACUUUCCAAUGGACCAUUACCUAUUAAACUGUCUUCUAAACGAUAUCACAUCAAGUAUGUCAAAAUUAACCCUCUCUUACUUUGGUCAGACUACAAUCACAAUCAUCACAAUCAUAUUUUAGGGGCUUCAGAGUGCCUUGUGUCAAAAUUUAAAUAAAUGACUGAACACACAAAAAUGUACAAAAAGUUUCAAGAAAUACAUAAAUAAGAUGUAUAGUAAUUAUUUACAGGAAAUCAAACACUGAAUAUAAGCCAUAUCAUAGAAAAAAUAAUAAAGAGAGAGGUAAUAGGUUGGUGUAUAUGUACAGGUAAAUAGGAGGAUGUUGCAAUCAACUCAAACAGAUUGAGUUAUCUUGGGGAGCUAAAUAAACCGUAUGUCUCUCUCCAUUAAUUAAUCCCCAGUCUGAUUUUGGGGACCUUACAUUAAUGUGUGAUAAAUAUUGUUGAUGUUAAAAUGUUGCCAGGCAUAUUAUUGAC